GCGAAAACCUAAGUAGAAAAGGCAAGUCCCGGAAGUCAACUGCCUUGAAGUGAAUUAAAACUCGUUGCAGAGGUUCAAGAGUUUUCAGAAUACGGAAGCACAGCAGCUGAUUCCUCCAGUCAUUUCAAUCAGCUAACAAGAAUAAGCAAAUGGAUAGCAGCACCACCCCAGAUGACAAACCUGUACAGCGAAGCAAGGCCUACAGUUUUAAUACGCAGAGGGAAUUGUGCUCAUCCUGCGGGAAGACGGUCUACCCCAUGGAGAGGCUGAUGGCGGACACGCGGGUCUUUCAUGCUGCUUGUUUCUGCUGCAAACACUGCAAAACCAAACUCAGCCUUGGCUCCUACGCGGCUUUGGCGGGUGAGUUUUACUGCAAGCCGCACUUCCAGCAGCUCUUCAAGAGCAAGGGGAAUUACGACGAGGGCUUUGGUCGCCGGCAGUACAAGGAGCAGUGGGCUUCCAAGGAGUCCGACACCAAGGAAGCCUGACCAUGCUACCCCCCCACCCCCCACACACACCUGGGCUUCCAACACAGAUUGCACACUUCUUAUGCUAUGACCUGCUCCACUUACACUCUCCCACAGCUGCAGCGUCACUUAAAGCAUCUGGUAAAAGAUGCUGGUGUUUUAUUUCUUCAAAGCAUUUUAUUUUUGAUUUUUUACUCUGCUUAGCUCCCAAAUACAAUGUGAAUGAGCUAAUUACUUCAUUUUGCUGUUAGCUUAAAUGAUAGAUUUAAGUGUGAUCAACUUUAUGUUGAGCAAGUAAUUUUAAUUAUUAGCAUUAUUAGCAAUGUUGUUUGCUCAUUAAUUACAGCUUUUGUGUGGGAACAAUUACAUUCAUGUUUAUUUCAGCACAAUUAUGAUACAACUUUUAUUUAAUUUUUGCCUAUUUUUUGUCUUUUUCCCUUACAUAUGUUGUUAAAAUACUUGAACAAUAAGCAAGGCCUUAUUGAUAUUCAUUAUUGAUAAUCGAUGUAGCCUUGCAGACAAUCAUUUUGAUGUUUCUCACCAAAAUUACAGGACACAGUCUUGUCUUCUGUUGUAUGCUAUGUAAUGCUAAUUUCACAGCAUCAUGUGUGAGGGAAGCUGAAAUGUCUGAUGUGUGUUUUACAUCAGCUUUUGUGUGUACGUAUUUAGUCACAUGGGAAAGCCUCAUUUUUCUUUUCUGCCAUGAAUUUGCAUACAUUUUAAGAUUCACUUACAGUAUGCCUAUGACUAGUGUCAGUUUGGGGUCUUUGGUGGAUUCACAUGAUUGAUGAAUGGAAGAGUUUAUUGGGACAAUCUAGUGCUAUUUUUGUUGAGGACACAAAUUGCAAUCGUGACUUUUUGUGUUGCAGUAGCUUAUGCUUACAAGACACGUAUAACACAUUUCUGUGGUCUGUGCUGAUAUUCAUGUUAGCAUAUUUCUAUGUUACUUAGCUAUGAAGGUAGUCGACACACUGCUCUUUAUGUUAAAUAGAAGAGUUUUUUUAAUCCCACAAAUCUUAGAUGCGUAUUGACUGAUACAGACUUAAUACAGUGAGUUAAACAGUAAAUCUCCAAUUUUAUUCCACCUAAAACUUUCUUAGACCAUAUUCUGUCCUCUUUUGCUCCAUUAAUACUGGCAUUAGAAUAUCCUGGUGCAUCCAGCAACCAGGCAGACCUGAAAACAGAGCACUCAUCAUAUUGUGAUGGCCGUCAGGGGAAAAACAAGAUUCCUUUCUACCUCCGAGAUCACAGCAGAACUCAGGAAGACCUGUUCUGGUACUGCAGCUCCAAAACAUGUGUUGUCAUUAUUUCAUCAAUUUAUGUGUUGUCACUGAAUAAAAUGUAGCCAGAUACUGGAAGACUUAUCAAUACUCUCCAGCAAAAGAAAAGAGAGAGUGAUCAAUGACUCGUGUAACAGCUUCACUCAGGGGACUGGAAAGCUAAAUGGGGCCAUGGAGGCCGAUAUCAAUGAACUGUUCUGUAACAGAGGAGCUCAUCACUGUGUUCACCCAACAUACCAAAGAGAAGACCUGGCAAGUAAGGAAUGUAAUAACAUUGACACCUUGAGAUUUUUAUGCAAAGCUUGCUGUUCAGCUUUUGGUCCAGUACACUGAACAGCCUUUCCAGAGUUACCAGAACGAUUAACUAUGAGCAGAAACAUAUUCACAGUAAUUCUUUUUUUUGAACCAAUGGAAUCUGGGAUCAGUUAAAUUCCAUAACUCUGGUCUUCAUUAAGAGCUGUUUUCAGAAUUGUUUUUGUGUUUAUGGUUGUUAGUUCAUAGGUCAUUUCCAAUAGAUGGAAGUGGAAAUUUCCGAGUAUCUGGAGAACCUCAAAAUCAGGUCUUAACCUUUUCGAUAUACAAUGUUAGGAUAGUCACUUCUGUUAAUUUAUUUUCAAUACGUGAAGCAUUUUCUGAACCAGAACGGUGAUGCGGAUCAUGCAACUUUUCACCUAUUUCACAACUACUAUUAACAACAUACAGUCUCUGCUUCAUUAACAUGUUUAAAAUUGGCAAUUUUGAUGUGUUUCAGUGUUUGAUGUAAGUCUGCAAACUUAACAUGCAGUUUAACAUGCUAUUUCAUUUCAAUUGUGAAUGCAUUCCUAAAAGUAACAGAGUACCUUAAAUCUCUAGGCAGUUACUUAUAUUUAAGUUUGAUGCAAAUCAAACUUAAAAUGCAAAUGAGAACAUAUGAAUUUCAAAUGAUUUUAUUUUAUGAUGUUAUAAUGAAGUCCUAUAAAAACACACAGGAAAUAGAUUUACCAACCUUGUAGGCAUCCGUUGACCAUACUUAUUACUCUCAUUUCUUAACAAUUUUAGACUUGAUUUCUGUUAGAUAUAACCUUAUAAUCUGUUUUGAAACUGCGACAAUUCCCAGUCUCCAGUGGUAUUACUUUGUUAUUCCAGAAAGUACUGCAAACGUACGCAUAUUUUCCACAUUGUAUCAGAAACAAUAAAAACGUUGUAUGAGUAUAUAUGGUUUGUGCUGGACAAACUGAUGUGAAUGCAAUGCCAUUGUUUUCUGCAAGAAAAUAUUCUUUAAACUUGAGUUGUGAAUGAAUGUUGUGGCCUUGUUAUUUUAAUAUUUUCACUUUUUUAUUUGAUGCUUUUUGUAUUCUAUGAUCAAUCUAAAGUGUGUUUUAAAUAAAGAUAAAUAUAAGGA